CAGGUCUUUUGGAAACGAAACAUAGUUCUAUCAGCUAUUUUGUUCCAACCUCAGGACCUCCUUCCCAGAAAGACACUCAACAUGUUUGCCCGCCAUGUGGUCAUCCUUGCUCUUGCAGCCAGCCUCGCUGCUGGUCUCCCAGCAAACCAGACCCAGGCACACGGCCCCCUCACAGAACGAGGCGCGGUCUACCAAGGCAAGGCAACCAUCUACCUGCAAUCUGGCAUCGCCGGCUCCUGCGGCGUCGUGCACGCCGAGUCGGACCUGAUCAUGGCCCUCAGCAACGACUUUAUGCAGUACCAGUACAAGUCCCAGUGGUGCGGCCAGCGGGUCAGGGUGACCAACUACGGCAGCAACGAGGCCGUCAUCGGCGGCGCGGGAAACUCAGUCGUCGUCACCGUCGCCGACACCUGUGCGAGCUGCGGCUUCGGGGAUGUGGACUUCUCCAUCGGGGCUUGGAACAUGUUGACCAACGGUGCUCCAUGGGGCACGUUCAACGCGGGGUGGUCCUUCUGCGAUGGAGCCUGUUAGCCGGGUGCGUGCUGUAUUUCGGCAUAAUUGAGAGAUGCCACCUUGGAC